AGCGUGUAGCGUGCGCUAUGGAGCCCCAUGUCGCAGAGCUGAAGCAGAGGAUUGAGGACACGUUAUGCCCUUUUGGCUUCGAAAUUUACCCCUUCCAGGUCGCAUGGUACAAUGCACUCCUGCCUGCAGCCUUCCACCUGCCCUUGCCAGGACCUACCCUGGCCUUCCUGGUACUCAGCACACCUGCCAUGUUUGACCGGGCCCUCAAGCCCUUCCUGCAGAGUUGCCACCUCCAACCACUGACAGACCCUGUGGACCAGUGUGUGGCCUACCACCUAGGCCGCGUUAGAAAGAGCCUCCCAGAGCUGCAGAUAGAAGUCAUCGCUGACUACGAGGUCCACCCAAAUCGGCGCCCCAAGAUCCUGGCCCAGACGGCAGCCCACGUGGCAGGUGCUGCUUACUACUACCAACGACAGGACGUGGAGUCUGACCCCUGGGGCACCCAGCACAUAUCAGGUGUGUGUAUACAUCCCCGAUUUGGGGGCUGGUUUGCCAUCCGGGGGGUGGUGCUGCUGCCAGGAAUGGAGGUGCCAGAUCUGCCACCCACAAAGCCCAUUGACUGUGUACCUGCAAGAGCCGACCGGAUCGCCCUGCUCGAACGCUUCAAUUUCCAUUGGCGUGACUGGACUUACCGGGACGUUGUGACCCCUCAGGAGCGCUACUCAGAGGAGCAGAAGGCCUACUUCUCCACCCCGCCUGCCCAACGCUUGGCUUUACUGGGCUUGUCCCAGCCUUCACAAGAGCCUGGCCCUGCAUCCCAUGAGCGUCUCCCUACCACAUCCUCACCCAAGAAGCCUCAGAAUCUUAGCAGAGGCUGGCUCAGCCCCAAGGCCUCACUGCCUGCAUCCCCCGGCCCUUGACACCCUACCCCCUCCCUGCAGAUCCUUGUUCAUGGCAGUGGCGCCUGCUGGGAUGUCCUUGGUUCUGGCAAGACGUUUUAUUUGGGGUACAAGAUAAUUAGGGUACAAGAUGAUUAUUUUUGAUAAAAGAAUUGAGAUUUUUUGUGUGUUGCCUUUUAGGACUGCACUUGUGGCAUAUGGUGGUCCCCAGGCUAAGGGUCGAAUGGGAGCUGUAGCUGCCAGCCUACACCACAGCCACAGUAACUAGGGAUCCAGGCCACGUCUUCAACCUACACGAAGACUCGCUGCUAUGCCGGAUCCUUGACCAACUGAGUGGGGCCAGGGAUCGAACCUGUGUCCUCAUGGAUACUAGUCAGAUUGAUUUCUGCUGAGCCACGACAGGAACUCCUGUAGUAGAGAUCUUAAGUGAAGAUAACAAGGCUGAGAGUUUGCUCAAGACCAAAGGCCAGAGCAGAUCCAGACGUCCCACCUGCCUUGGAAUAUGGAUUACCUGUAACCAUUUCUUUGCAGUGCUUCGGGAUUCUGCUUAGUUUAAUGAGCAACUAAAUACCUGCCUCAGAAGGUUGUUGUAGAGACUGAAUAAAUACUGCCUGGCAUAUGGUAAGCCGUUA